GGAGUGGCGCGUUCGACUCGUUCUACAAUUACCUGAAUAUACUCUAGGACUCGAUAGCGCACAACAUGACACACCUGGAUUAUACUUCAAUUGACACGAACAAAUGGAAAAACUUGCCACCUCCCCCAGGCUUCACCAAUUUCUCGUCUCAUGCAAACUCAAGAGCUCCAGCUAAGGCGUCUGCUGUUACCUCGUCCUCGUAUGCGGCCUUAAAGCAGAAACGUGCAUGGGACCUUGCGUUGUCGCCUGCUAAACAGCUGCCCAUGCAGGCUUUCAUGUUGUACAUGUCCGGAGGAGGAGUUCAGAUAUUCAGCAUGGGCAUCGUUUUCAUGUUACUUCUUACUCCAUUCAAAAGCAUAGCUGGAAUAAACAGCGCUUUUGCGCCGUUUGCGCCGAAUACUUCGCAUGCAAAUUCAUCAAGCACGCUUCCUCUGCAGAAAAUUGCGUAUAUUGCGUGUAACUUGUUGACGCUGGCUGUGGGAUUAUGGAAAUGUCGGUCAAUGGGAUUAUUGCCAACGGGCACAGGAGAUUGGUUAGCGUUCGAAACUAGAGGGCCGGCCCCGGAAAUAUCUUUAUUCUGAAAGCACGCUAUGGGCAAUGUCAUGCAACAUCUGUUAGUCGACAGUCCUUAAUGGCGGGCUAAGUGGUUAGGAUACACUGAGAAUUAUGAUGUACGUUUUUCGGGGUGAAAAUCAUAGACAUGAAGACACCAGCUAUCAAUGCAAACCCUAUAUAACUGCCAUUAUAGUGGUUUUCUUCGUGUGUACGGGGUGUCACAAGUAAGCUAGUACAUCAUAUGCUACAGACAUGAAUAACGUAUACACCGACGAAGAUAUAAAAAUCUAUUUAAGAUGUUCUAUCUUCAGAUUGUAUUUUACCAAAACUUUAGUCCUGACGACUCCUCAUUUUCGAUAUCCUCGAUUUUAUAUAUUGCUUCCCUACUCUCUUGACGAGCGCACGCCUUCCUAUACCAUGCAUAUCAAUGUAGACAAGCCCGAUGUUUUUUGCU